GUAUCUCUUACACUGCAUCGUCACGGCUGCUGUUGAUCGGGAGUCGCAUUGCAUCCCUGCCGAGAAGGAGAUCACAGGUCAACUUUAGCUAAUCUCACAACUAUAGAGACGCCAUGGCGACUGCCAGUGCGACCGAAUCGGCGGCGGCGAGCGCCUCUGCCAAAGCUGCCCUCUCUUCUCUGAGCGCCGUCAUGGCUUCGGCUUCAGCAGCAAUGGCUUCGGAGAGCACAGUCGAGAGCGGCGAGGCGCCUGCACCCAGCUACUACAAGUACAUCGGUAUUCUCUUGGCGGUGAUGAGUGGUGUGCUCAUCGGCUCUUCCUUUGUCUUCAAGAAGAAGGGUCUGCUGUCCGCCCAGAAAAAGUAUCAGACAACGGCUGGAGAAGGCUACUCGUACUUGAAGUCCCCUCUUUGGUGGAUCGGUAUGACAAUCAUGAUCAUCGGCGAGGUUUUCAAUUUCGUGGCCUACGCAUUCGCCCCGGCAAUUCUAGUGACACCAUUUGGUGCCUUGUCAGUGGUGCUCUGCGCCAUUCUCAGCUCCAUCUUUCUCAAGGAACGCCUGACUCUGUUUGGCAAGGUCGGAUGCUUUCUUUGCGUAAUUGGCAGCGUCAUCAUUGCUCUCAAUGGCCCAUCUGACGAAUCAAGCGGCUCUAUAGUAGAGUUCCGCAAGCUCUUCAUCUCAGUAGGCUUCCUCAUUUGGCUGGGCAUCUGCGUUGUGGCUUCCUUGGUCUUGAUAUUCUGGGCAGCACCCCGCUAUGGCAAGAAGAACAUGCUGGUCUACAUCGCGGUAUGCUCGCUCCUUGGCGGGCUUAGCGUAUCGACGACCUCGGGCCUGGGCUCCGCGAUCCUUCUCUCCAUCAGGGGUGACAUGCAGCUCAAGAAUUGGUUCUUUUACGUUCUCCUUGCAUUCGUCGUUGUGACUCUCCUUUCGGAGAUCGUCUUCCUCAACAAAGCUCUUGAGCUAUUCAACACGAGCAUGGUCACUCCGGCCUACUUUGUCACUUUCACAUCCUGCUCGAUCAUAUCCACGAUCAUCCUCUACAAGGGCCUGGCGGCUUCACCAGCGUCGAUAGUGACGCUAGUCUUGGGCUUCUUUGUCAUCUGCACUGGCAUCGUACUACUGCAAUUGAGCAAAAUCGAUCCAGAAGAACUCACAAAGGAGGAGACACCCCCAGGCCUCGAUCGGAGAUCAACGCUCCUUAUGAGGGCCAGCCGAUCGAUGAUCUCUACUCGUUCGGAGAAGCAGGAUACCGAGCUCGGCUAUCGCCCUACGUCGGUUGGAGACCACGGUGUGCACCUAGCAGGCAAAGGAUCUACUGCGAUAGAAGAUCCUGGCAUCGAUACAAUGAGAGGCGCUGGCGGCAUCAUUGGCUCAAUCGUCCGGGCAAGAAGCUCAAGACGCGUCAGAGCUAGUGCUGAUUCCUACGCAAAUCUAGAAGGAGUUGGUACCCGUAACGAGCAUCAUAGUAUGGCUAGCCUGAACACCGCCCAUCGCCAUGACCUUGAAAGAUUUCAAUUACAAGAUGGACCUGUCGCCAGGCAGCCGAGUACGAUCAGCCGGGACGGGUACCUCUCUCCGAUUUCCGCAGCUUUCCCUCAGAACAGGGGCUCUGCAAUGCCUAAACGGGGCGCAUCCAUGGUUAGCUUCACCGAAGACGCCCUCGGCCCUCACGGCCAUCAUGAUCAACAUCAGCACUCUGCCACGGAACGAAGCGACCACCAUCAUCAUCAUCCGCCUACUGCCAGUCAUAGCGGCAUACUUUCAACAGGCCUACAUGCUCCGUAUCUGUCAGAUAUCGUUGAAGUCAGGUCCUCCCGCGACGAUGGUCUAGACGAUGCGCAUGCACGAAGCAUCGGUCGAGGGAGCGUCUGGAAGGACAGCUACAUCGAGGCGUAUGCUACGAUGCCCAACCGUCCCGGUAGUUUUGCCACGACCGCUCCUGGUACACCGCAACCGGGUGACGCAGAGCGGCGAAGCGGCGAGAACUACGACGGCAAUGGCGACAGCACAUUCGAGUACGAGCUCGAUGACGGCGCUUCUGUAGAUAGAGGUCUACAAGGACCCUACCAAGUCGAAAGCGUUGUCGGUUCCGGGGAGGACCUCCCAAGCAUUGACACAAGUGAUUCCUCCAAUGCUGACCCCUCGUCCGGCAUCCCCCGAAUGCGCACCGACAAGCAUUUCCCUGGCGGACGCAGCGGUAGAGAGGGCCUCGAAGAGGAGGAGCUGCUAAGUCCCAAGCUCAAUGGAGGGAUCGCGUUCGAGGCGCCACAGAAGACUUCGCGGAGAGCGACGUCUUCCAGAUUCCAUAAAUCGGGGGUAAUUUAGGGGAAGAAGAUGCUCGGAAUAAAUUGAAGACACUCUUGUAAGCCCACUAGAUGGCAAUCUUGUACAUAAGUUAGCAGACGAUAUUUAGCGAUGCGUAAUGUAGACUAUCCUCCCUGUCAUCUUGGGCGGCGGAUCAGGU